GGAGGGAUUCCACCGUUUCCUGCCGAAAGCAUUCGACGAUAACGCAAGGGUUGCGCAUAGGGAAAAAGUCGACCUCAGGAUGCAGGUCUGCCGUUCAACUGCUUGUCUUCUGAAAAACGCCUCAAGGGGGUGCUCUCUGCUCAAGGGGAAAAAGAGGCUGUUACAAUGGAAAUAUCAGGAAUCAUAAAAAUCUGUCAACCAUCCUAAAAUCAUGAAACCAUGAAGUCGCAUUUUUUGUAAACAGUCUACUCAGUUAAAGUCCCUUCUACAAAGUAAUUUUUUAUUCUCAUCUUGGUAUAGAAAUAGACUAACUUAAAUCUGCUACUGAUACGAAGGAAAGCAUAUCAUGGCUUUGAAUACCGUUCCAUCUUUACAGAGUUUAACUGAAGUUAAAGUGGCAUUAGCUGUCUUUAAUGAUGACAUUAUCCACUUCUUGGACGAAUUCAUAAAACUGGGUGACAUAUUCACAUAUAGUGAUUCAUUUCGUAUUAGUAAAAGUCAAAAAGAAAGAAUAAAAGAAAUUGAAAUGAAAUUAUUCACAUAUCUUCCAGAAUCACCCGUGAACCGAGUCAUUUUUAUCUUUCGACCAAUAGUUGGCGAAGUUCAUUUUUGGGUUAGAGACCAUUAUCAUAUCAUCAAAUACAUUGAGAAGAGACAUAUCAUGAAUAACUUAUGUUGGAAAAGGGAAGUAACAAUUGACAGAACCAAAACUUCAAAGCAACUCAUUCAAAACGAAAGCAUCAAUAAGAGAGUACGUUUUGCAUUAGCUGCUAUGUAUUUUUAUGAGCAAGAUAUUUUGCAAUUAUGGGAAAGUAUGACAACAAAAGAAAGGAACAACAUUUCUCUCAUCGACUCUGAUCUAGUUGUCAGAAUGUGGACGAAAGGGCUUAGAGAAAAUGCUGCUUCACCUUGGACACAAUGGAUGCCAGAAUACUUAAGUUUUGCCCACCAGGAAUUAAUAACUUCUGGACGCUUAAGUAGUAGUGGACGCAUAAGAAUAAGGUCAUUUUACAGUGUGUUGAACAAAUAUGAUAAAAGAAGAUUCAUACAUAGUUUGUGGCCUUACUAUGCACAUACUCAUGAUUUGCUUGAAUGUUACUAUUUAAGUGAUGAGACUGAACGUGAUGAGAUUUUUCACAAUCCAGACCAUUUCCGUUUUGAAUCAAAAACAAAAGAUCUGCUCUGUUUCUAUAUUGAUUGGCCUUUACAAACGCUUUUCCUAGAUGUGGUAAACCAGAUGUGGGACAGAUUAACUCCUGAAUGUUUUGAACAUUGCUUGUUUUAUAUAGUGCAGCAAAAACUGUCGGAGUCAGUGGAAGAUUUCGAUUACUUGAAACUUUUUAAGGAUUUGUGGAAUCGGAUUCCCGAUAGUUACAAAAAAAGAUUUUGCAAACGAACUAAGAAGUUUGCUCCAGAAGUGCUGCGUUAUGACAAAAAGGCAAGGACUGUAUCGAUUGAGGAAAUUCUUAAACGAUAUAAAGAUAUGGCAACAAUAGAAUGCUUGUACAUACCAUGCACUGAGUGAAGAGAAAAAAAUAUUUACCCGCUUGUUUUUUAAUGACUGUAUUUGAGAUUAUUAAACGUCGUAGAUACGAAGGAAUUGUUGCCUUAGUUUGAAUUAUAAGAAACUCAUUAAAGCUGGUAUUAAAUGUAUAUUCCUACAAUUAUAAGUAUAAAAUUGGGUGAAUUAUCAAGAAUAGUCUGAAUAAGACAAUUAAAAUUUAAACUGGCACUUAUUUUAGGAAUAGCAUUUGCAAUAUUGAAAUGGCGUAGCUUAAUUUUAAAU